ACCCACAUUCCACAUGAAACAUAUCAACCACUUUCCAAAAUAUAAAAAUAUGACAAACUUAUUAGUAACACCCUCAUAUUUUCCCAGUGAAAACCAAUCGGAUCAACGAAAAAUACCGUUUUCCGAAGUGGUGAUCAAAAGAACCAGGAACCAUUUUUUUGGCCGAAAAUGGAAAACAGUUGACGUCCAAGUGGCAUCAUGGUUCAUUUUUGUACAUUUACUUGCUCUUUUUGCACCAUUUGCAUUCACUUGGGAUGCUUUUUGGAUCGCAAGCGUUGGCUACUUGCUAACAGGAAUGUUAGGCAUAACUCUCACUUAUCACCGACUUUUAUCCCACCAUAGUCUCAAACUCCCUAAAUGGCUCGAAUACUCAUUUGUUUACUUUGGAGUCCUAGCCGCCCAGGGAGAUCCAAUAUUUUGGGUGAGCAACCAUAGAUUUCAUCACAAAUAUGUUGAUUCAGAUAAUGAUACACAUUCCCCGAUAAAUGGGUUCUGGUUUAGUCAUAUGGGUUGGCUAUUUGAUAGUGGAUACUUGGUUGAAAAGUAUCAAAAACGUAAAAACGUCGAAGAUUUAAAAAAUCAGAUGUUCUAUGUAUUCAUACAUAGAACUUACAAAUGGCAUUUAUUUGGAUGUGGUGCUCUCUUAUAUGCAUGGGGUGGAUUUUCUUAUCUGGUUUGGGGAAUGGGUGUGAGAACUGUAUGGCUUUACCACAUCACCUUCUGUGUGAACUCUGUUUGUCACAUAUGGGGAAACCAAGCUUGGAAUACAAGUGAUCUCUCCAAAAACAAUUGGUGGGUAGGAGUGCUUGCGUUCGGAGAAGGAUGGCAUAACAAUCAUCAUGCAUUUGAGUAUUCAGCUCGACAUGGAUUUGAGUGGUGGCAAAUCGACGUUACUUGGUACAUAAUAAGAGGCAAAUUCACAUGGGUGGACGGAGUAGCCUAUGUGACCCUUCAAAUUUCGUAUAGAAACAUCAAAUUUUUCAUAAUUUUGUUUAGUAUUGCGGUGCUACGUGCUCUUCGCCAUGGUAUGGACCUCCACAAGUUCAUUGGUGGCAGCACUCCUACACCAGAACCCACAAUUAUUGAAGGUAAGAAGAUGGACACUGAAGAUGUCACUGGUUAUGUCCUCAAUGGACUAGACCCCACCUCCUAUAAAACAGUCAUAGAUUCUAUUCAUGCAUGCGAUACACCCAUCUCUUUUCAUGAAUUACAUGAAAAACUUAUCAAUCAUGAACUUGAUUUGCUGCAACAAUCCCAACCCACCACCAAUCUCCAUCAACCGGCCAUAACUUUUACAACAAAUAAAUGUCUUUCAAAUAAUCCCUGGAAUAGUCGCAAUCAACAAUCCUCACCGACUCUCCUUCCCACUCCAACUAGAACAACACAACAACUUUUAGGGAAGUGUUAG